AUUACCCACUCCUGUGUAAACAGAGCCUGAUACAAGACUAAUACUACAAGAUCCCGAGAAGGCUUAAAAACUAAGCUGCAGUUAACGGAGAUAUUCAGAGACACUGUGUUAAGAUUUCAUACAAGCUUCAUCAUGAUAGCCUUUAAAAAGCCGGGGAAUAUAAUGUCUAAACAAGUCAGUGGCCAUAAAAGGAUUUGUUUCACUGCAGCAGAGUCAAAAGUUUAACUUUAACAAUAUAGCUAAAGAUAAUAAUCACAAUGAGAAAAGUUGCUGAAGAGAAGGAAAAUUCAAGCUCCAUGAAUUCCUCGACAGAAGAAACGUCCUUCAUUUCAGCUCCCCCUGUAUUCCUCCGCAAGCUAAAGUGGGCUGCUGUAGCAGCAGGAUGUGAUAUCCGUCUGAGGGUGUCUGUGGGAGGCAAUCCAAGACCUACACUGCACUGGUACCAUAAUGAUGACCCUCUGGUAAUUGACCAUCAGGAUUAUGAUGGCUUGUGGAUACGAGAUUGUCAGCAAGCUGAUGGAGGCCUCUACACCUGUGUAGCUGUUAAUCUUCUGGGUGAAGCCAGAACUAGUGCUGUCCUAGCUGUGCUGGACCUCGAAGAAGACUCAAACAGUACAGAGGAUGAAAGUGCGGAGCCUCAGGUCUCCAUGGAGAUGAAGGAACAAUUCAUGCCUCCCCAGGGGGAAGCAAUCAACAGUCAACCCACGGGGAGAGGGAGAGCAAUGCUUUCCCAUAUUCCAUCUGAUGGACUAGUAGUGGAGAGGGAGAUGCGAACCCUGGGCUCUAGAGCUCCUGGUCUGCAGGAUCCUUUGUCACCUGGCAGGCAAGCAAAUGCUGGGGGCCAAUUGGAUUUUAAAACAAGCGAAGCCUCACCAUUUGUCCAAACCCAGCCACCUCACAAAGCUCAAGGCUCCAUUACCCAAAGUGAUGUAGAUGCAACAAUAGACUCAACAGCAACAAAGAUUAAAGGCACCAGAACAGCUAUGAAUGGAGCUGAAGUUCCUAUUAUAUCUUCAAAAAUCACAGCUUCAUAUCAGAGCGGUGGUUCACAAGAUCCAUCCUCUAUCCAAACUCCCAAGGUGUCACAAGCAAGUUCCAAAAUUUUAGACAGAGUGAGAGCGUUUGAAGAACAAAGCCACAGCAGUAACAUGCCAAAGGUGUCUUCAAAAUUAUCUUGGGGUUUCAAUCGAACAUCAACUUGCAAUUCUGAGGAUGGGAAGUGUAAAGUAGGGAAAUUUCAAGACAACACCAAGAGUGAUGUAGCACUCAAGAGGUCUUUCUUCAAGCAGAAAGCAUCGUCUCUUGAGGAACAGUCAACUUAUGUACAGAAAAAUUUUCAGAGUAAACUCUCAGAAGAGCUUCACAGAAUAAAGAAACUAGUUGGAAAGUCCAACAUCAAGAAAGCCUUUUCAAUGGAGCAGCUCACCCAAACCGACAAGCAGUCCAGUGUCAGCACAGAGUCAGUUCCAACCCAGGUAAUUCAGAAGACUGAAGAAACAGGAAAGAAUUUCACUAAUUUAAAAGCUGUACCAGAUGCAAAGGAAAGAUGGACAACCCCGCUAAAGGAGCAAUCUUCCCAAUUACCAAAAAUUAAUCUGGCAGAGAAAACAAAACAGCCUGAAAAUGAAACCCCCCCUAAAAUGAAUGAAAACCAGGGGGAAAAUUCUAAGCCUACAGGCUUGUUAGAUAGGCAAGUCCUCAAUGAAAAGGUCAGUUUCAUACCAGGGCAAUGUUCACCACUGUUGCCUAGGACAAAUGUUUCCAGGAAAUGGCCAAAAUCACCUGGCCAAGCUAUGGUGCAAGGUGGUUUGGUGCAAGCCCCACAAAAGCCUCCAAGGUUAUUAGAAUCAAUUUCCACACUCCCAACACCAUUUAAAAUGACCAUACCUACUAUUGUGGUUGAAAAUAAGCCUGUGGAUGAAGAGUGGGACCAAAAGGAAGGACAAAUAACUAAACAAAACAGAGAAGACCCAUCAGAUGAUUCCCACACAUCUGUGGAAAAGAGCAUAGCAGAGGCUCCAAUGUCUGAACUCCCUCUUAACGAUGCUUUGGGCACUGCUAGAUCAGGGGUGAUGCUUCAGUGCAUCAUCAAGGAAAACACUGUUGCCAGAGCUCCUGCUGAGUCAUUGCUGAUAAUCACCAGACCAAUGCAGGAUGUGAAGGUCAAGGCAGGAGAGACAGCCUUGCUUGAAUGUUUCAUUGCUGGGUCACAGGCUGUGGAUGUUGAUUGGCUAGCCAAUGGGAAGUUGAUACAGCCAGCACUGUUUGAUUGCAAGAUGCAGUUUGAUGGACACCGAUGUCGUCUUCUGUUCAAAUCGGCACAUGAAAAUGACAGUGGAAGCUAUACUUGCAAACUUAACACAGCAAAAGAAGAGCUCAUUUGCACAGCUAAUCUUCUGGUGAUUCCAUCUAAGGAGCCACUCUUUACAAGGAAACUAGAAGUACUAGAGGCGAUUGAGGGCCGCUCUGCACAAUUUGAUUGCAAAGUCAGUGGAUGUCCUGCUCCUGAAGUCACCUGGACUCACUGUGAAAAACCUCUGGUGGAAAGUGAUAAUAUUCACAUUCUUAAUGUGAAUGGGCAUCACUCUCUGCUAAUCACUCAUGUUAACAAGGAGAGUGAGGGACUUUACACAGCAAUUGCUCAAAAUGUUCAUGGAAAAGCAGCGAGCUCAGCUGAACUCUACGUACAAGAACCACGACCGGCCAUUUCUACACACAUGUCAAGGUUAGAGAAGAUGCCAUCAAUCCCCGAGGAACCUGAGGUCUCUGAGGGAGAGGUGGAACGCAGGACAAUGCCAGACUUUAUAAAACCUCUCAGUGACCUGGAGGUGAUAGAAGGGAAAGAAGCAGUUUUGAUGUGCCGGGUGACGGGUCUGCCAUACCCCAAAAUCACCUGGUACCACAAUGGCAAGAAGAUGGAGAGCACUAAUGACAGAAAAAUGACACAAUACAGGGAUGUUCACAGUCUGGUCAUUCAAUCUGUUUGCCAUGACCACAGUGGUGUGUAUAAAUGUGUAAUCUCCAACAAGGUGGGGAAGGCUGCCUGCUAUGCUCAUUUAUAUGUUGCAGUUAGCCUUCCCGAGCCACCUGAUGGUCCUCCAGUUAUUGAGUCUGUAACUGGGAAAAUGAUCUCAUUGAGUUGGAAAAACCCCAAAAAACUGGACCCAUCCAUAGAUCCCGCUUCACUGAUGUAUAUUGUUCAACAGCAAGUUCUGGGGUCCACCCAGUGGACAACCAUUGCCUCCACCCUCACAGACACCUCUUAUACAGUCACCUCACUGUCUAAAGGAGUAUGCUAUUCCUUCAGAGUCCUUAGUACGACUGGAAAAACACUGAGCAAACCUUCACAACCAACUGACCUGGUCCAGCUCGUUGACAGAGGACAGUAUUUUCGCAAAGCUCCAGUCAUCCUUGAUAAGCCUGAUAUUGUGUAUGCAGUUGAGAACCAGCCUGUAACCAUUACAAUAACCAUUAAUCAUGUUCAAGCAACAUGUACAUGGAAAAGAAGGGGUGUGGUGCUUGUCAACAAGCUUGGUGCGUUAGAGAUGACUACCCCUGAUGAUGACCAGCAUGCUCUUCACAUCGCCAAAGUGAAAAGCACAGAUGUAGGCCAACUCAUUUUUAUGGCAAACAACCAGUAUGGCAGCGACCUCUGCACUCUGCAGUUGGUCAUAGCAGUGCCCCCUACAUUUGAAACCAUCAUGGAGGACUUGGAUGUGUGUGUUGGGGAAACAUGUCAUUUUGCUGUGGUUGUAGAUGGAAAACCCGACCCUGAUAUCCUCUGGUAUAAGGAUGGUGUUCUUCUUGCAGAGAGCAGUCAUUUUACAUUUGUGUACGAUGACAGAGAGUGCUCGCUUGUGGUUCUCAAUGCUCAGCCUGAGGAUGUAGGGGUCUACACUUGCACUGCUAAGAACUUGGCUGGGUCAGUGUCCUGUAAGGCAGAGCUUACGGUCCAUACAGCCCAAACUGUGGAGGAAGAGGAAGAGCAAAUGGAAGAUGAAGCCACAAUUCUUCGAAGGAUGCGUAUGCUGACUGAUUACUAUGAUAUACACAAAGAGAUUGGCAGAGGGGCUUUUUCAUAUGUCAAGCGAGUGAAACACAAAAAAGACCAAUCAUUUGCAGCAAAAUUUAUUUCAGUGCGGGCAAAGAAAAAGACUUGUGCAUUGAGAGAAUUGGCACUUCUGGCAGAGUUAGACCAUGAGAGGAUUGUCCACUUCCAUGAUGCUUUUGAGAAGAGGCGUGUAGUGAUCAUUCUUACUGAACUCUGCCAUGAAGAGCUAUUGGAAAGAAUAACAAAAAGAACAACAAUCUUGGAAUCUGAGGUUCAGUCUAUUAUACGGCAGCUACUUGAGGGAAUUGAGUAUCUUCACCAGAAUAACAUAAUUCACCUUGAUUUAAAGCCUGAAAACAUCUUAAUGGCAGACCAAAAAAGUGAUCAAAUUCGUAUUUGUGAUUUCGGUAAUGCUCUGAAAGUCAAACCAAAUGAAGAACUGUACUGCAAAUAUGGUACACCAGAAUUUAUUGCUCCAGAGAUUGUAAACCAGUCCCCCAUCUCUAAAUCUACAGACAUUUGGCCAGUUGGUGUCAUAACUUAUUUAUGCCUUACUGGAGUCUCUCCAUUUGCUGGGGAAAAUGACCGUGACACUCUGCUGAACAUCAGGAGCUAUAAUGUUGCAUUUGAAGAAAGCAUGUUCAAAGAUCUUUGCAGAGAAGCAAAAGGAUUCAUUAUUAAGGUUCUUGUUUCAAACAAAUUGAGACCCGAUGCCACUGAGUGUCUUCUUCAUCCAUGGUUCAAGUCAUUUACAAGGGGGAAGUCCAUCAACACAACUCUGCAUAAGCAAGUGCUAGCCAGACGGAAAUGGCAGUGUUCGCUCAUUAGAUAUGGGUCUAAAAUGGUUAUGAGAUCCAUAUCAGAACUGCUGGAUGACUCUUCUAGCCAUGUGUCUCUUGCUGUGCCUAGAAACCUUAAAGAUGGCUCUUCACCUCCAUCAUCUUCAUCGGACUCAGAUGAGGACAUUGAUGAACUUCCUUUCAUCCCUAUGCCGCACACAAUGAUGUUCUCUGGUUCCAGGAUGUCUUUGACUGAGAUCCAUGAGGAUGAUGAUCAUGUCAUUAGAGGAUCCAAUGAAUCCUACAAAAAAAGCAUGAAUCAACUUGAUGACAUCACAGAAUCACAAAUGACAGAUGAAAAGAAGAAUGAAGACUACCUGAAAAUUCCAAAAAGGACUGAUAACUCCUUGCAAAGAGGUUCCAGUGUAGAAGUUGAUCAGGUUGCAAGCAAGACCAGAAGAGGGUUAAUGCGAAGAGGGAGUUCUGCUGAUAGUGCACUUCUUCUGCAAAUAACACCUGAAGAUGGUAAUAUAAAGGAUACUGCAGAGGAUAGCCAAAAACACAUGAAAAAGGCAGUUUCCAUGGAGCUUCCACACAGGAGCAGUAGUCCAAAGACAGCCAAACUGAGCAAGGAAGAUUAUGCUUUAAAACUGGAUCUUAUGAGGCAGAGGUUGCUAAAAGGAGGCACUGUUAACAAGAAUAUGAGUGGUCUUCGUGGUCCCCUACUUGAGACACUGGGUGUAGAGGAUGAGAGGAGAACUUCCUCUUUGGAUCGUAACUUCAGACAUGGAAGGUUGAGUGCUUCAGGAGAUCCUGGGACAUUUUACAAUGACAGCUCUGAAGAAACUUGCCAAAAACCUGCAUUCAGAAAGAGGUCUUCUUUAAGAGAGGGAAACUCAGAAUCAAUUUCUCUUCAUAGGAGAUCUGGAGCCCCACUUGAGAUUCCCUCAACUUCUGCUGGGGAUCAUAAUGCGGUGAAAAUUAAAUCGACCAUCAUGGAUGAAUUCAAGGCUAACCUACCACCUGUGUUUCCAAGAGAAAUCUCUUCAAAGCCACCAACUCCAGUUUUAGAAAAUAAACAGGCAUCUAAGGAAGAGGUUAUUAGUGAUGUCUUGAUUAUGAAUAGCUCUCAGUCUGCAUUUAUAUUAGAAGACACUGAAAUGAUGAUAGAAGAGAUAAAGGAACAAGACAGUGUUCCAGAAAAUAUUGAUAAAAGUUCUGAAUCUCCUCUUGAUAUACUCCCACAUGAUAUAUCAUCAAAUUAUUGCAGUAAAUUAAAGGCAAAUGGUAAAAAGACAUCAUCUGUCACACCAUUACCAACACCUAUUUUGAAAAUCUCCCAGCCCAAUAUUCAACCUACCAUUGGGCAACCAGGUGUUUUUGCUUCUGCUUCUUCUGCACACCAGCCAAAUCUUAGAAGUGAUAUCAAAAAUAUUGAUUCAGAGGAAAUUUUUGAAGCUAGAUUUAAGAAAAGGGAAUCAUCUUUGGCACAUGGUCUAAAACGAUUGACAAGGACAAAGUCUGAAGAAAGCUCACCGGUACCCCCACGGAAAUCAGAUGAAGAGGUCUAUCGACCUGGUCCUGUAGGUUCCCCACUGGAGUUUGGACCUAGAGGAUUAAAGGAAAAAUCCAAGUCUGUCCAAGACCUCAGGGAGGUGGAUAAAGAAUUUGGGCUUGGAUUUAUUGGAAGGUUCUCUAUGCGUGCAAGGAGAUUGCAACCUACUCAUAAAAAAGAGAAAGAGGAGAUCUCAGAUUCUGUAGCUAACAAACGACAACUUACCUGGGCUAUGGGACGUAGCAAGUCUCUAGAGAAAAAAGAAAACUUUGAAACAAACAAAGAAAAUCUUGAGAAAGAUAUUAAAAAGAUUGCUGAAUCACCUGUCCUUGCAGUGCGACGUAAAUUUGAAUCUAAUGUUUCAGGAAUAUUUGAUAGAGUGCAUAGUAGGUCAAAAGACAGAAAGGAUAAGGAAACUAAACCCCACAUUGAUGCAGAAGCUCCAAACGUUGAGAAGCAAGAUAUGAAGAAAAUAAAUGAUUCACCAGUUCUGGCAUUGCGGAAAAAGUUUGAGUCAAAGGUAUCAGGAUUUUCAUUAAGAAAACAAAGUCAGUCUGAGGGAGAGGAGACAAAAAAUGAAGGAGAGAAAACUCCUUUAUUCUCCCGUCAUCAUCGUUCCCAGUCUGAUGGGCUCAUUCACAAGAAAAUGGACAUUCCAGAGAACCAGCUUCCCUUGCAAACCACUACUUUAUCAUCUAAAGAGACACUUAAUUCCUCUUCUAGUGCACAGUCUAUAGAGCCAUCAAAAACUCCUGAAACUGAAAUCAGGUCUAGGUGGGACAGGUGGGGUUUGGCCAGAAGUAAGAGAGACAGGACACCAUCUAAAUCAAGAGCACCUUCAACUCCAAAGGAAGAUUUCCCGCCAGUUUUCCAUAUUGCAUUAAAGGACCAUGUUCUUCUUGAAGGAAAUCCAGUUACGCUUAGCUGUCUUCCGGCUGGUAGCCCAGAGCCAAAAAUAUCAUGGCUGAAAGAUAAGAAACCAUUGAAGAUAUGUGAUGGUAUGAACUUAGAGGCCUGCCCAGAUGGAAGGCAACUUUUGAUGAUUAUGAAUAUCUCUAAGAAGGAUGCUGGAAUCUAUGAAUGUGUAGCUACUAAUAACCUGGCCUCUGUAACUACUUCCUGUAUACUCACCUUGGCCUGUAUUCCAAAUUGUCCAGGAACCCCGGAGAUUCGGCAAAUAUACAAUAACACUGCACUGGUGCAAUGGAAACCAUCAGACAACAAAGUUCCUUGCACAUACACAAUUGAAAGAAAAUUUGAUGGUGAUGAUAAGUGGUUGACUGAAGCCACAGGAGUUACUGAUUGUUUUUUCAAUUCCUCUGAACUUCCAUCUGGUUCUACCAUCCGAUUCCGUGUGGCAUGUGUAAAUAAAGCUGGCCAAAGCCCUUACAGUAAUGAAUCAGAGGGAGUGAGCAUUAACACUGAAGGAUUAGUGACACCACUACAUCAGCCUGCUAAAAUGAAGACACACUCCCCGGCUUCUUUUCCUGUUGUGACGGCUGCUGUGGCUACAUCUGCUUUUUCAUUAUCACAGCCAAGUGUGUUCAGUCAGUCUAUUAGUCCUAUUCCUGCAAAGUCUGCUGAUGUCUCAAAUACUUUCUUAGAGGUGUACUCCUCCCCAAAGAUGUCCACUCCUUUUGAUCUGCCCAAGCCAGCAAGCACUGUCAAUGCGAUGCCUCCUAUUACCCAAACCCAGACGGUAUCUCCAAGGUCAUACACAGCUCCACCCUCAAUAGGCAGAUCAAUUUCUCCAGUCCCUACAUAUGUUCCUGCUACUUCCUCACAUGCUCCCACUCCCGUCUCUCCUUCUGUGAUUGUGGUCAGCAGUAUAAGUCCUAUAGGAGAAGGAGCAAGCUCACCCACACCAGAGACACCAACUGGACAAGUGGUAUCCUCCACCAAAUCUGAGACUACUUUGAGGCAAGGAGUUCCCCAGAAACCAUAUAGCUUCUUGGAUGAGAAAGCUAGGGGUCGUUUUGGAGUCAUACGAGAUUGCAGAGAAAAUGCAACAGGCAAGAUGUUUAUUGCAAAGAUAAUACCCUAUGAUCAGCAGACCAAGCAAACUAUUGUGAAGGAAUAUGAGAUUCUGAAGUCCCUUCGAUGUGAAAGAAUCAUGGCCCUACAUGAAGCCUAUAUCACACCACGCUACCUUGUACUCAUAACAGAAUAUUGCUCAGGCAAGGAAAUCCUCCAUAGUCUCAUUGACAGAUUCUGUUAUUCUGAAGAUGACGUAGUGGGUUUAAUUGUCCAGAUCCUUCAAGGUUUGGAAUAUCUCCACAACUGCAAAAUUCUUCAUCUGGACAUUAAACCAGACAACAUCAUGGUCACCAACCUCAAUGUAAUUAAGAUAAUAGAUUUUGGCAGUGCUCAAAGGUUUAACCCUCUGUCCCUGCAACAAUGCAGCAGAUAUUUUGGAACUCUGGAAUACAUGGCUCCUGAAAUGCUGAAAGGAGAUCUAGUAGGACCCCCAGCAGACAUCUGGAGCUUGGGAGUUCUAUCUUAUAUUAUGCUCAGCGGAAGACAUCCUUUCGAAGAAAAAGACCCACAACUGACAGAAGCCAAAAUCCAUGAAGCGAAGUUUGACUCAACUAAGCUCUACCCAAAGGUGUCCCAAAGUGCCUCCACUUUUUUGAAGAAGAUAUUGAAUGGCUAUCCAUGGUGCCGGCCUUCUAUUAAGGACUGCCUCAAUCAUUCAUGGCUUCAUGACUCAUAUCUGAAAAAGCUGCGUCGACAGACCUUGACUUUUACUACCACUCGGCUCAAAGAAUUCAUGGGUGAGCACCAGCGCAGAUGUGCAGAGUCAGCUACUAAACAUAAGGUCAUUCUUCGAGUCUACCAGGGCGGACCAUCAUCUCCAGCCUCACCUACCAAGCACACCUCUCAGUGAACAAAUAUAAGGACUUUCAAUAAAUUUGGGACAUCAACUCUAUAUAUCUGUAGGAAAAGUCUGUAAAGUCUUGUUGACACUAAUAAUAUAAUUAUUUUUGACUUGACACUUUCUCAAGAAAAAAGUAGUUGAUGGUUGAUAACAGUUGUUCCAGGGUGACAGACAUUACAUUAAGAGCAAUAAAGGAUUAAAAUAACGUUGGAACAGUGUUUUUAGCAGAAUGAUGAUGAUGAUGAUUUUAAUACUAGUUACAUUAUUUUUGUGCACAUUUGUGCAGUUACUUGUAAUGCAUCAUUUUGAACACAGAAGCUGUUAUUUACCCAUCUAUAAAGAAGAAUACAGUAACACAAAAAUAAUAAAAUGACAAAAAAUGUAAUUGUUUUCUUCUGAGAAAUCUGAAAAUGCACAAACUUGACUGCAGAGAAAAAUGCUGAUUUGUCAGUGUUUUAAAUAUACAGCAUCCCAAAAUUAUAAUACUAUUAACUUAACUUUAUUUCAAGUUUAAAUACGGGUCAUGCUUUUGUGUUUAGAUAAUUAAAAGUUGAUUUAUAUAUAUAUAUAUAUAAAAUAAAUAACUGUAAAAACAAAAGUAGUUCUUUGUCUGCAUAUUAUGUCACUGUUAUUAAUAUGGUAGAUGUUUGUUUACAUUUGAUUUUAUAUAUAUUUAGAAUCUGUAUAAUACUGUUUAGCAUGCCAUUUAAUACAAUUUCAUUCUAAACUUUCUGAUGUUGUUUUUGUAAAAAUUGGGUAUGAAUACUGUAACAUUUACAACAUUUGUGUUUGAUGAGGGACUUUUCUCCAUUCUUUUUUCAACAGAAUUACAAAUAAAACAUGUCAACGUUUCCUUUUCAUAAUUCCUUAAACAGAUGGACAUCUGACUUUUAUUUACUUUUUAAUCAUUUUUAUUUAUUUAUUUAUUUAUUUUUUACAGGACAUUACAUACUUUGUUACCAACAUUGAUUAAAAAUACAAAUAAAAUGAUACAUUCCUCUAUUUUAAUACUUUCACUUUCCCCAAACUUUCACUGUCCAACUUGAGUUUACAAUGACAAUUUCUAAUACACUUCCAUUGAGCUGAAUAUUUAAUUUUGACAGCCAUCAAGUUUCAAUCUCUCUCUCUCUCUCUCUCUCUCUCUC